AUGGAUAAAUACCUGCGAGGUUGGAGACAAGAAGCUCUGAAUAGAGGCCAGAACGAGGCUGCCAUCUACAUUGGAGACAAAGUCCUCGCCCUCAGCAACGAUGACAAGGAUGCCUUUUGGCUGGCUCAAGUUCACUUCUCAAACAACAAUUUCGCUCGAGCGCUUGCACUGUUAUCACGAUCCGGCCUCAUAGUACGAAGUACUUCAUGUCGUUAUCUCGCGGCUCACUGCUACAUCAAACAAGGAAAAUAUGAACUGGCUCUUGCUACUCUAGGCGAACAGAAUCCCGAUCAUCUCCUUCCCAGUGAUCAUAACAGCCGACGGAGGCUUCAACAUUCAAACGGAACCAAAACAAAACAUGUCACUCUACGGAAUGGUCACACCCUCUCCAGGAAGGACAGAAUCGAGCAUAGCGAGGAGCGAGAGCGGGAUCGAGAGCUGGAAAAGGACAUCAAAUUCGAAGCAGCCAUGUGCCAUCUCCGAGGACUGUGCUAUUCGAAGCGAAACGCUUUUGAUAGGGCAAAGGAGUGCUUCAUCAAAGCCAUCAAGAUCGAUGUCCAGUGCUUCGAAGCGUUUGAUCAGCUCAUGAAGAACUCCUUGCUGAAACCAAAUGAAGAGCUCAAAUUGUUGGAAGAGCUCGAUUUCGAAAUGAUACGGACAGAAGAUCCCGCACUGGCUCAAGAAGCUGCACAGUUCACCAAACUCCUCUACACCACCCGUCUCUCCAAAUACGCCUCUCCGGCAGCGUUGUCCGACGCCACAGAGACACUCUCAACCCAUUACAACCUCUCGAACAACCCAGACCUCCUCUUGUCCCGUGCUGAAACUCUCUACACUCAAUGUCGCUUCCAAGAAGCUCUGGCCAUUACGUCUUCCAUCCUCAACUCCCAAACCACCCCUUCCGGCGAUGACACCACGACCACGACCCUGGGCCACACUCCUAAUCUCUAUCCCCUGCACCUCGCUUGCCUGCACGAAACAUCCUCGCACACCACCCUCUUCCUUCUCUCACACACUCUCUCGCAACAUGCUCCCCAUGAACCCUACACGUACCUCGCCAUCGGUACCUACUAUCUUUCCACACAUCGAAUACCGGAAUCCCGCCGCUUCUUCAGCAAAGCCUCACUCAUGGACCCGCACUCAGCAGCAGCAUGGAUCGGCUUCGCACACACCUUCGCCGCAGAAGGCGAGCACGAUCAAGCCAUUGCAGCAUACAGCACCGCUGUACGGCUCUUCCAAGGCUCACACCUUCCUCAACUCUUCAUCGGUAUGCAACACCUCGCCCUCAACAACAUGACAACUGCCUGGGAGCAUUGCGUCCUGGCAUUCCAAAUGUCCUCCGGUUCCCUGAAUCCAGAUCAGAAGCUCUUUUCUGGAGAAGAAGAUGAAGACGAAAAUGUGGAAGACGUCGACGAAGAAGAACAGGCGGAGUACUUCAACAACGAACCCCAGAGAUCACGCGUUGUUCUUCCUCCCAGCAUCAACUAUCCCGCCACAAGUGCAGGUAUAGGCACAGGGGGUGAUCCUCUUGUCCUGAACGAGUUAGCGGUAAUCCUUUACCAUCAGGCCAAUCUUCCAGCUGCAGUCCAACUUUUCCGCCAGUCCCUCAAUCUCGCAUCCGAACUGGGCUGGAGCCCGUCUGCGUGGGUUGCUACACGCGCGAACCUCGCACAUGCGCUUAGGCGACUAAAUCGCUACCGAGAGAGCCUCGGCGAGCUAGACGAAUGCCUCAGGAUCUGUACUGGUGGUGGGAGCAAUUCUGGCCGGGGUAGAACUUCAAGCGUCAGUGGUCCCAGUACCGCCGGUAUGACGAGUGCUGGUGGGGUCGAAGGUAGAAACCUAAUCGGCAGUCUCCACAGCACACGCGGUCUUGUCCUGCUCAGUCUUGAACGGGCGCAGGAUGCUGUCUUAGCACUGCACGAAGCGGUCCGCGUACUUGGUGGCGAUGCGAGUGGUGGUGGCAUGGCGGGAACAAUGACGACACGGGAGAUGGGCAUGGGCGGGAACGCUUUUGCCCGGACGCAGCAGCGAUUGGGGAAGGGAUAUGGGAAGAGUCGAGUCAAUAAUGAGGGAGUGGAGGUGGGUCCUUUGACUCACGAAGAGAGAGUCAGUAGCGGGUUGGAUGGACAGGCGGAGGGGAUGUUGGAUCGGGUUUUCAGGCGGGAUCGGAAUAGAGAACGAGGUGGUGGUGUGAACACGAAUAGGAAUGCGAGUACGAGGAGCGCAGCUACGAGUUCGGUUACGAGAGCGAAUGCAACUCAGCUUGGUCCGAGGGCUACGAGGAGGAGGGAUCCUUUUGUGGAGUAA